UUAACAGCGCCUUUCAGCAGACGCACUAUUAAUACAAAUAGAAUAAAUAAAAUAUCAAAAUUAAAAAGCGCUAAUUUGGUCAAACAGCUAGCGCGCGUUUUUAAAUACAUUUAACAUAUCUAAAUUAAGUUAAACACAACGGUCUCCGCGAUACCACUUGUGACUUAAACGCGUUUUCAAAUCUGCAAUUUCGAUACGUAAAUUGCAUUGCAAUUCCAUACGGCUGCGGCUUGGUUAAAACAAAAUAAAAAAAAAAAAACAUAAAAACAAUUUAACGUAUUUCCCAUAAAGAAUAAAGAGUCAAGAUGCAAAACAAUCCCAGUCCACAGCUGCCAUGCAAGGGCAUUUUAAAGACUUCGCGCAGCUUUGACAAGUCGGGUGCCAGUUUUCGCAAAAGUGCCAAGUUUGAUGAGCUGAAUGUGAUGCAAACAUUUCAUCCAGCCGAUAAGGAUUACGGGCAUAUGAAAAUCGAUGAACCGAAAACACCUUUUAACUACACGGAGCCAUUUAAUGAGAACAGAGACGAGCUGGACACCGAACUGCUGGUUGAGAAAUUACGAAUUGCGGCCAGCACACAACAGUCUUCCCAAAGCAUUGAUGAUGAAGGUUCUUCCGGCGAUGAUCAACCCAUUAGCGAAGAGGAGCGACAACGACGCCGUGAAUUCGAGCGGCGUCGCAAGGCGCAUUAUCGUGAAUUUGAGGCGGUCAAAUUGGCCCGCAAGCUAAUACAGGAAGAGGACGACGAUGAAGAUGAUGGUAAUGACGCAGCUGCUGCUUCGGGGUCAGCACCAGGCGUUGCCUCCAGUUCCAGCACUUAUGCCAGCGGCUCGAAACAAAAGUCAAGUCCGAAAACAACAACAUCCACGACCACCAGUGCGACCAGCAACAGCAGCAUCAUGGACCUGGAGCCGUCUCACAAUUAAAAGCAAUAUGCAACACAAUAUUUACAGGGUUCUAACUGACGUUGUUCGUUGAUGUUGAUGUUAAUGUUGUCCGCGUAGGCGGCUCAUCCGUAACUUAAUUUAUUGCUACUAAAUGCUGUCGUAAUGAAUUCAAUUUAUAUAUACAUUUACCUAGCGUAAAACAGGUAAAAGUACGUAUAUUUCAAAUAGCAUCCGGCGCAAAAUGUGCUUUCCAUCAAUGAAGUAUGAUACAAAUCUAUUGAAAUUGUAGCUGCGAGAUAUUUUACAACCAAGUGCACAUUAUAAACUAAUAUACGAGUAAAUAUAAAAAUUUGUAGCGUUAUGUCUAGUUAAUGCUUAUUUGAUCUGAUCUUCUCCAAUUGAAUAACGAAACUGAACUCUCAGCCCAACCUCCAAACAAAAAGCAUUCAUUUGCAUUUAAUUUUCAAUAAGUGGAAAUUUAAUUUCUAAACUCACACAAACACACACACACAAAAGUGCCACAACAAAAAGUAAAUUUAAUCAAGAAGUAAGCCUAACGAGAGAAAUUCCAGGAAGAAAAAGCGCAUUGGAAACACGCUGUAUUUGAAGUUGAGUAUGAAAUUGAUUUGGCCUUACUUUUAGUUAUUUAUUAAAACCAAUAUGUACUAUAACGAUAUAACUAUUAUAAUAACAAUUACGAUUAUCAUUGUGAAUAUAAUAGUUUUUAGCAAUGCAAUACAAAAGUUUCAAUAAAGAGCAAUGUAAAAACCUUUGUAUAAA